AACAGCGGUUAGUCACCGUGGAUCGUAUUCAAGCUCACCGAGCGCUGUGAACAUUUUUCAUCGUUGAAACUCUCGCUAAAGAUUAAAGCCGGACGGAAAGUGUUCCUGAUAAGCUAUUCAUCAUUUAGUUACAAAACUUCUACUUUUCAUCGCCGAAAGUGAUCAUGAUGAACAGAAGAAACUAUUUGUCGCGCUCUAAAAUGUACCUGUACCAGACAGAGGAUGAAGAGGAAGCUGUGCGAAAAGCCAUCUCCUUGUCAUUAGAAUCAUACCAGCAAGAGCAAGAGAAAAAGAAACAGAGCAACACUUCAUCGGAUAAAAGGCGUCAAUUGUCUAACUCAAGGCGGCCACGCUCUCUAUUCUCACCCAAAGGAACGAAGUGUAGAAGCACGCCUUUUCUAAGUCACGAAAGUAAUUAUCUUCCCACUACAGUUUCUACGAGUCUAAGCUCUAAAGAGAGCGAAGAAAACGCGAAAUCCUGCAGAGAAUCGCAGACAACUGGAAGAGGAAUGGACGCGUCCAACUCGCCAGCGACAGGAAAUGGAAGAUGGCUCCUUCAGCUUGACGAACUUUUCACUGAUCAGAAUUAUAAAGAGAAGGAACAAUGCAGUAAAUCUCCCCAUGUAUGGAAAGGAUCUGGAGGUGCAAGAGGAACGAGAAAAGCGAACUCAAUAGCGAACUUCGGAAGCAAGGAAGAAGAGGAAUUAAGGAAUGGCGUGCUCGCUGUGCUAUCUAGUGAUCAGGUCACCAAAAAGACUGAACAAAGGACAAAAUCAUCCCAGGUACCAUUGAUAGAUCCAAGAGGCAGGAGAAAAUUUAACUCAGUAUCGAAAUAUAGAGGCAGAGAAGUAGAUGAAAGAAAGGAUGGUCUUCAUACUGAAGUAUCCACGAUUCAGAUAAGCAAAGAAACUGAAGAAAGUGCUAAAUCUCACAAGGUAUCCAUGAAAGGUACAGGAGCAGCGAGCGGAGCUAGUUCAGUAUCGGGAAUCACGAAAGGAAACAAAGGUCUGCGCCAUGAAAUUUCCCCAGCCCAGAUUACCAAGGAAUGUGAACCGUGCACUAAAUACAACCAAUUACCACCAAAACGCGCCAGAAGACGAAUCGAAACAUCCUCGAAAGCCCUAGCACUAUCGAUGGAAAAGGCGAUUCCUCUUUGUCUUCCGAAUAAUUUUACCUGGGAUCCUACCACUGGUAAAAUUCAAAAAACGGGAGAUGAACGAUGUGUCCUUGAUCCAGUUCCAGCCGCUAUUAAGAUAUUAGAGAACAUUAAAGAACCAGUAUCUGUUGUGUCCAUUGCUGGACCAUACAGAGAUGGUAAAUCAUACAUACUUGGCGAGGUUUUUGGUGGAAAGAAUGUCUUUUCGAUUGGUCAUUCGAUGGACCCCGAGACGUUCGGACUAUGGAUGUGGAUUGUGCCUGAAGUUUUUCAGGUUUGAAACGACGUACAGAUAUUUAAAAAGUUAUGAUGUAUUGGGAGAAAUUCUUAGGAGGAUACUUAAGCAUUAUCGAGAUUUCGUUUUGUAAAGUUACGAGGUUAGAUGGAAUAAAAAGCUCACUCCCAAAGAGAUAAGAAUAGUUCACUCUCAUAAAUGAUGAAAAAUGAAAAACUCUUAAUAUUAUAAUACUUACACUAAAAAAUUCAAUUUUUGUGGCCACUGCCUCAUUUAGGAGGCGAAGCCACAUGUAUUGUCGAGAUGAGAGAGUGAGUGAGGGAGUGAGUGACUCGAUGUUUCCCGAUGCUAGUUAUUGUUUUUUUCUGAGUAUACUGUAAUUAGAAUUUCAACAAUCGCACUCAUACACAGUUGAGUUCCCUCCCUUUGUGAUUUCUGGAUUAUAGCCACUAGCACAUUACGCUUUCAGUUCUUUCCGUGACACAAUGAAAGACAGCAGAAAGCGAUAACAUCUCACAGUUUCAGGAUGGUGCAGGAAUUAAAACAGAAGUUUUCCUUUCAGAAUAUGUUAUUAGUGUGAUCAAUGCAUCAUAACACUUAAGGGAAUUUUUUUUUCAAGAGCUAGCAUUUUACAGUUUAAAUGAGCAAAUGACGGGAGAUCCGACGAUAUAAUAUUUUUAGUUCUUACCGUACGUGGCACUUCAAAAGACGAUAAACAUCUCAAUAUAAUUUGACAGUGGCAUCCACCGAAGGAUAGUAACAAUCAAAACUAUUCCUCGUAAAAAUAUCUCAAUGGACUUGAUCAGCUCAUCAUGUAGGCUUUGAGGAAAACGGUCUUCCUUUGAAAAGAGAGCGUUUUAUCGUUUGAAUCACCGAAGUUUGUCGAAAAGAGCCACUAAACUUGCAAAACCGAGCAAACGGAGAAAUACGACACCUUGAGUUAUUCAACAUAAUGAUGGAACGGAGGAAGGGUGGAUCGGUGGAAUGGUGGAAUAUCUUAAGAAGCAGA